AUGCCGAAGGGAGCACCGAGUCAGUUCAGUCUUUACGACUCCAGCAAACCGUUGCCUUCAAUUUACGCGAAGAAAGCCGCAAAAGAAUUGAAAGAAGUUCCCGAGCAGAUUUCUGCUCACUUAGAGUCGUUCAGGCGCUGGAUCAAUUCCAUGCCUCAUCUUAGCUGUCCAACGGACGAUAAUUUUUUGCUUGCAUUCUUACGCCACGCCAAGUACAACCACCUGGUGGCGCAACGUCGGCUGGACAAUUUUUGCACAUUCCGAACUUCGCCAACCGAAGGCUUUCCUGAGUGGUUUAAUAAUUCUUCGGCCUCGAGGGCGGCAUGGAAUACAUGGAUUGAUUUAAAAUGUUGGACCUUCCUUGGAUUUACGAAAGAGGGAACAGCAACAAUCAUGGCGAGAUGCAUGGACGGCUCCAGUAAGAAUUACCUGUACCUAACAUUUUUAGAGGAGAUCAACUUGGACAAAUUGCCACUAAGUGCUCUGCACACUGCAAUGCAAAUGUGGAACGACGCAUGCUUAAUUGACGCAAGGGUUCAAAUUGGUGGUCUGUGCAUGAUCAUGGACCUAUCAGAUUUACGUAGGGAAAUGCUGUCCAAAAUGUUCGAUGCCAAAAUUUCUAAAUUGUCGACAAAGUACUUUCAGAUAAUGGUGCUCAAUGCAGACAUGAACCCAGCCUUCGAUGCUGUACCUGGACUGAAGGAGAUCGUUCCUGAAGCAUUUGGUGGAGACUGCAAGUUGACGUUUGAAGAGAUAUGUGAAAGAGAAGCGCCUACAUUUAAAUCCCUUGUGGAACAUGCACCACAUUUUGAAAUUACUGUGGACGAAUCGAAGCGCCCAAAGGAAUGUCGCAAUUUGAUGGGCACGUACAAGGAUUUGUCGGAGGAUGUCAUGGGAAAAGUUGGAACUUAUGUGAAGUUGAACCAAGACGAAAUCUAA